AUGAACGCGAAACCCGAAGACGUCGAGGAAUAUCUAAAGAAUUUAGGCAUUGAAUAUCGGUUCGGUUGCUUUAGCGAGAAACGGCCAGAAGUGUGUCACUUGUUGGGCGACUAUUUUGAAGCUGUGAGCCGAGACUUUGAAAAAGCAGCAAAAAUAUACCGCACAAACUGCGACGACUACAAGUUUGCCCGGAGUUGUCACAAGUACGGCAAUUAUGGAUUCCUGGGGCGCGGAGGCGUCAAAAAAGGACCUGAUACUGCUCUAGAAUAUUAUGCCAAGGGAUGUGACUUGGACUUGGCGGAAUCUUGCAUGAAUGGUGGAUUGCUGUGCGCUCUGCGGAACCCCUUGUCUCCUCAUCGAGCCCUGGAUUUGCCACGUGGUCUCAAACUCUUGGAAAAAGCUUGCACCCUGGGUCAGGGUGAUGCUUGCUAUCACCUGAGCGGGAUGUACUUGACCGGAACGGAAGACGGGACCACUGUUCCGAAACCAGAUAUGACCCGUGCUUUUCAGUACUCUUUGAGAGCUUGUGAGCUUGGGAACGUUUUUGCUUGCGCGAAUACGAGUCAGAUGUACUCGCGUGGCGACGGCGUAGAAAAGAAUGAACAGAAGGCAACUGAGUUUAAGGCGAAGGCUGAGGACCUUCACAAACAACUUACCGGGAAGACUCCUGGUAUCGAAUUCCAGCAAGGUCUAUCCUGAUGAACCCUAUUUUGCGUUUCGUGUGUACUUUAGGAAUGAACGAGGCAUCGGAUUAUGUGUUCGUCUGAGAUUAUUUUUCAUUUCUUAUUUUACUGAGCAAACUCGGAAAUAAUAUUUUAGCAUCAUUUCGAUCUCGCGAUCUUCCCCGAUAUGUUGCAACCUAAAUAUCCGUGUUUCCCCGAAAGUAAGACGUUAAUUUUUCCAACAAAUGCGUUCGUGCGUCUUUCAUGGCAUGUUCCAUGUUUGAAUGAAAGCAAAAAAUUACGAAUGUUGAGAAGCUAACUUUUUAAACGAGGAGAAUUGUUCGUUCCUUCGACUCCUGCUAAACGAAUGAUCUAUCUUCUAAAGGAAAUUUCAGUUCGAAUUAUGCGAUAAUAGUGAGUGAACCUAAUUUAUAAUGACGUGCGUAUAGAUAAUGGGUGUCCGGUAUGAAUAUCAUGAUGGGGUUUUUUUUUUUAUUAAUGCUGAAUAUGUUUAUGGAAUUACAGUGAAGUAUUUCUAGCAACCCUGUUGGCGCAGAAUGGAACGCAUUUUCUAAGGUUCAUUUGCAACUGGCAUUCAUGUGUGUAUUGUAUCUCUCUUUUUAUACAUCAAACUACGAUGAAAUUGGACAGUACGUCGUUCAUAUAUAAUUUUACAAAGGAACAGCGAGGUGAAUCCAGUGCCAAUCCAAGCUUUUAUAUUCGAUUUGUUGACCAAACAUGGUCUUCAUCAGUCGUAUACUGUAUUUGUAGUAGUUCGUGGCUGUGAAAUGAACGCGAAGUUCUUGUAGGCAAUAAAAGUUGACUGGAGAGUA